AAGAAGAAUAGUGGCAUUCUCUUUUUAUUUAUUUAUACACACACUAUCGUAUUUUCCUUAGUGUGAAAGAAAAAAAAGCUGUGAGCAUAUUCGAGACUGAAUGCUCAGUCACGUGGCUGCAUCAGACAAGAAGGCUAAUUAGUACUAGUAUCCCAUUUAUUUUUUAUUUUAUACUAUAGUAAUUAAUUUAAGUAGGUUUAGAUUGGACUUUAAUCGAUUUUGUGGUAUAAUCACGUGUGUGUCUCACUUUUGCCAAUAUUUACAAAAAUCAUGAGGUUGAAUUUGGUGGUCUCGACUGGGGAGUAGUGUAGUACUUGGAGCGUACCAAAUUUCUGAACACAUUUUUGGCUGAAUGGAAGGUAUACAAAUUCACCCCACCUCACUCUCUUCCACUAUAACUGUGUGGUGCUCGUCGAGAGUACAGUCCCAACUUUUUACUUACGCCAUAACAAGCAAGAAAGCAAGAACUCGUAUCCUCAAAAGCACAACAAAGGGCGUAAUGGACACUGCGAAGGGAUUAUUGAAGAGUGAAGAGCUGUAUCAGUAUAUCUUGGAGACUACUGUUUACCCCCGUGAACCAGAGCCUCUCAAGGAGCUGAGGGAUGUUACUGCUAGCCACCCUAGGGCCAUAAUGGGUACUGCACCAGAUGCAGGUCAGUUGAUGGCCAUGCUCUUGAACCUAGUAAAUGCCAAAAAGACAAUUGAAGUUGGAGUUUUCACUGGAUACUCCCUACUCCGCACUGCUCUUACAAUUCCUGAUGAUGGCAAGAUUAUAGCUAUAGAUUUGAAUCGGGAUUCGUAUAAGAUAGGGUUGCCAGUUAUUCAAAAAGCUGGCGUUGAACAUAAAAUUGACUUCAUUCAGUCUGAGGCUCUGCCAGCUCUUGAUAAACUCUGUGAAGAUCAUGAGAAUGAAGGAAGUUUUGACUUUGCAUUUGUUGAUGCGGACAAGCCUAAUUAUUUGAAUUAUCACGAGCGGCUGCUGAAGCUGUUGAAAGUUGGGGGGAUAGUUGCCUAUGACAACACUCUCUGGGCAGGAACUGUGGCGAUGCCAGAGGAGGAGGUUCCAGAGUGGAUGAGAUUUAAAAGGCAGUGGGCACGCGAGCUUAACAAAGCACUGGCAGCUGAUCCUCGCAUUGAAAUUUGUCUUGCUCCAUUGGGUGAUGGAUUCACUAUCUGUCGGCGUAUCUACUGAUCUUUCGUACUUUGAAUGUAAAGCCUAUUCGGGCUUCCUGCCAUAGUUUCUCGUGUGUGCUGGAAUAAAUUGCAUAGCAAUGUGUUGCCUGAAUGUUUAUGAUGUCAAAUUUUUCAUUGUAGAAGUGUGUUCAUGUUUUUAAAUCUACUGUAAAAUGCCAAUGCAACCACACUUACUUGGUUUGAAUCUUAAUGGUGAUGAUGUAAUGAUUGUUAUUGGCAAUUUAAAUAAUUUUAUUAUGCUUA